AUGGCGGGGUGGCAGCAGCAACCGCUGCAGCAGCUGCAGCAGCAACAGCAGCAGCAGCAGCAGCAGCAGCAGCUGCUGCCGCGGGGCCUUGGUCUUGUCUUUGAAGAAGGCUACAAAGACAAAAGAAGGGCUCUUGACUGCUACAUCUUGGCCGCGCAGCUCGGGCAGCCCGCGAAGGCGUGUCUGCUGCUGCGGCCGCUGCAGCAGCAGCACUUGGGAGAUGCUGCUGUUGCUGCUGUUUUUGCUGCUUGUCUUUUGGAAACAAAUGACAAACAAGAAGCAAGAGAAGUCCUCGAGGGGGCCCUUUACAAGUUGCUGCCUUUCAGCGACGCCCAGCGCCUCAUGCUGCAGCUGCAGGCCGACAUCCUGCAGCAGCAGCAGGACGGCCAGCAGCAGCAGCAAGAGCAGCAGCAGCAGGACGGCCAGCAGCAGCAGCAGCAGCAGGACGGCCAGCAGCAGCAGCAGCAGCAAGACGUGCAGCAGCAGCAGCAGCAGCAGCAAGACGUGCAGCAGCGGCAGCAAGAGCAGCAGCAGCAGCAGGAGAAGCAGCAGCAGCAGCAGCAGCAGCAGCAGCAGCAGCAGGAGCAGCAGCAGCAGGAGCAGCAGCAGCAAACUGAAACGGCUGCUGCAGGCGCAGAGCCCCGCUCGUCCGCAGCCAAAGAGCGCGCCCAGCCUUCCGAAGCCGACUCCGCAGCAGCAGCAGCACCACCCAGCAGCAGCAGCAGCAGCAGCAGCAGCAGCAGCAGCAGCAGCAGCUUGCUGCAGACCAUGACCCCGCAGCAGCAAGACUGCCUGCUGCUGCUGUGCAAACUGGACUCCGACGAAGGCCGCUACAGCCACUGCCUUUCUCUUGUUGCUGCUUUCUUAAGGGGGGCCCCCCUUGCUGCUGCUCCCUUACCCCUCGCAGUUCUUGCUGCAGCAGCAAGCAUCCGCACAAACCAGCUGGACUGCUCAGCGGAGGUUGAGGCUCGACUGAACGCGGCGGCGCUGAGACGGCGGCCUUCGCCCCCUGCCAGCAGCAGCAGCAGCAGCAGCAGCAGCAGCAGCAGCAGCAGCAGCAGCAGCAGCAGCAGCAGCGGGGAGGCUGCUGCUGAGGUGGCGGGGGAGUUUGUGGAUUCUUAUUUGCUGCUGGCAGAUGCUUUUGCUGCAGCAAAUCGAGACAGCGAUGCCUGCCGUUUGCUGCAGCUGCUGCUGCAGUCUCCGGGCCUCGAGGCCGAUUGCACUCUCUCAGUGAAGCUGGCGAAUUCUUACGUGGCCCUCAACAGGACCGAAGAAGCAAUUUCAGUCCUUCAGCGGUGCAUCGCAGCAACGGAGGCCUGCUACCCCGGCCUGUCGGGAGUUCGAGAUGCUGCUGCUCGUUUGCUGCUGUCCAAUUUGCUGCGGCAGCAAGGAGCAAUUUUAAAUGCAGAUUGUUUGCUGCUGUCCGUUUCCUUCAAGGCCCUCUGGGACACAGAGUUCAUCCCAGACGCUUUGCCCCCGGAAGAAAGGGCGCUGCAGUACGAGCAGCUAAAAGAAGCUUUCAAAAAGCGACACGCAGCAGCAGCAGCAGCAGCAGCAGCAGCAGCAGCAGCAGCAGCAGCAGCAGAAGACGGGGCCCUGGCAGCUCGCUUCUUGUCUCUUGUAACAGAAUGCGAAUUAGAUAUUCGAAGAGUCAGCAAAGAAGCUCAAGAAAGAAGAGUCAAAGCAGCACAAAAAAUUAAACAUCCAAACAACUCUCCUAAAGACCCAACUCCCCACAAAUCCCCACAAAAAGACCCCCAGGGGGCCCCCCAGGGGGCCCCCCAGGGGGCCCCCCAGGGGGCCCCCCAGGGGGCCCCCCAGGGGGCCCCCCAGGGGGGCCCCCAGGGGGCCCCCCAGGGGGGAACCCAGGGGGGCCCCCAGGGGGCCCCCGAAGGGUUCACCCCCGCAGACUCCCCUAGGGGGCCCCCCGCUGGUGAGGACCCAGCGGGAGCCCCCGAGGGGGGCCCCGAGGGGGCCCCCGAGGGGGGCCCCCCAGGAGCUUGCGAAGGGGGCCCCCCAGGGGCCCCCGAGGGGGUCCCCCCGGGGGCCCCCGAGGGGGGGCCCCCAGGGGCCCCCGAAGAUGAGGGGGGCCCCCUGCAGCAGCAGCAGCAGCAGCAGCAGCAGCAGCAGCAGCAGCAGCAGCAGCAGCAGCAGCGGGUGGAGCGGCAGCUGGAGGGAUAA